UUACGCUGGCCUUUCGUCGCUGGGCCGUGGCUGAUUACUUCGAGAGCUUGUGGUGGUUGGUAGUGGUGCGCGCAUUCGCGAUACUGGAGGCCUUCUAUGUGAGUGGGGACGACCUACCGACUGACCGCUCGGAUCGGAAUAUUUUUUGCAUCUUCGCUUUCCCACGAGGUCGCCUUUUCUUUGGGCGCGACAGUUCGAAAGAGAUGCCGGCCGACGAGCACAGCAACUACCCGGUGCCCACGGAGGACCGCCGCUCUGACGUCUCCUACAAGAAGGUGGGGCUCUUCAACGUACAGGGCCUGCUGCUGCAGCAGAACGAGUUCGACCGCGACAAGAUCCGCAAGGUCCUCUGGUUCAAACCCCUGCCCGGCGACAUCUUCGUCGGCUCCUACCCCAGGUCCUGCUCGACCCGGGCCCAGUACAUCAUCUGGUCCCUCCUGCACCCGGGCUCGCCCUUACCCGACUUCCACACACUCCUCACCAAGGAGUUCCCCUGCAUCGAGGUCGUGGACGCCGACACCGUAUGCGUCAAGGAGGGCGCGCCGCGACUCGUAAAGCACCACUUGCCGUACGCCUUCAGUCCUGCCAGCCCCGAAGCCCGGCAUGUGGUCGUGCUGAGGAACCCUUUCGACGUGUGCGCCUCCAACUACGUGCACCUGGGCAAGAGCUACGAGGGAACGUUCGCAGACUUCUUCGAGUGCUUCACCCGGGGCGAGGUGGCGUUCGGCGACUACUUCGACCACGUCCUCUCGUGGUACGACCGCAAGGACGAUCCCAGGGUCCUGCUUCUCUGCUACGAGACGAUGAGGAAGGACCCCCUGGGAAGCGUCAAGCUCAUAGCCGACUUCUUGGACAUCCGCACCGACCAGGACCUGAUCAGUCAGGUGGCCCGCGACACGGGCCUCGAGGCUACGGUGGCCGGCAGGAGCGACCUCGAGGAGGAGGUCCUCAAGGGCAGGGUCGGGUGUUACCGAGAGUACUUCUCGAAGCAGCAGCACCGCGUCCUAGCGGACAUGACGAAGGAGAAGCUUGCGGGCACGGAGCUUCUUGGAGUGUGGGCCGAUUUCAUUCAGUGAAGCAGUGUGGCGCUCAGUAGUUGCAGCAGGGGGCUUUCAGGAACGAGAACAAUCCAAAGUCCACGGAUGAUCCACAGUCGAAGCCAGGAUGCGGGACUAUCAGUGAUAAAACACGCUAACAUGCCGGAUGUGCCUGUUGUGUUUUCGAGACCUUCGACACGUGCAGUUCUUUUGUGGUAUAGUGCCAAUGGGCAUGAGAGACGACAGAGUAUAGGCGCAGCCACAAAUUACGCAGUACCAACUACAUCCCACCAUUCUAUGCUGUUGCGAUUGUUUCUUUCAAGAAAUGUGGGGGCCGACUUUUUUUUUUCUUUUGCCGUGACGAGUGCGUGUGUGCGUGUGCGUGCUUGGUUGUUUGAAAUGCCACGAUUUCUGUGACCACCGUGACGUCAUUACCUUUAUCAGCGCUUUGUUUCUUUGUUACUGUGGUUGGGACUACUUAUUUUUAUCGUGUCUAGGGCACAAAAUACCAGCGAAGGUGGGCAAACACUUUCGACGUGUUUUACAGCUUACGUUUGGGCGCUUGUUGUGCCCAAACUUGUUUAUUUUGUUGUGCAAGUUAUGUAUAUAUAGACGGUGCAUAAGUGAAGCCGCGCGUACAGCACGAUGUUUCGGCUAUUCCUGAGCUGAACUUUUCGUACCUUCGGUUUCUGGCAAUAUCGUCGGUGACGCGACAGUGCUUGUUGCACAGCUUUCUCUGUCAGAAACAAGUGACAUUUGAAAGACGUGACGCAAGGUUACAAACUAGAAGAAAAAAAUAAAAAAAGAAGGGAACUCAUAUCACGUCUGUAAAAGAGCUAAUGCACCAACUGCAUGGCCCAAGAUAGCGUAUUGUUAAGCGACAACACCUCACAUUUCAUUAUAUACUGCAUGUUGGUAUUUUGAAAGCAACACCUAUAGGAUUUUUAAUACAUUGUACCUGCUUUUCGACGUCGUAUCAAUCAUAUAUUCGAGCUUUUUUCACUCAUAUUUUUUUUCUAUCAGCGAGUCGUCCAAGCAUGUUGAUAUUACAAGACCAUUAUACUGCAUAAAUAAGUCGCAUUUUUGGAACGUUCUUGUGAUUACUAAGCGAACAAGAAUGUUCGAGGAUCUCUGCUUGCUGUUUGUUUAUGAUAGCGGCAAUGUAUUUUUAGUUUUCGGUAAAAGUCUGUGCGCUUAUAGAACGUUCAGUCAAGGGGCCAACGAACAGGACCAAUUGUACACAAAUUCCGAACACACAGUCAAAGUACAGCGCCGAUCCAGUGUGUGAUGUACCCUUGCUGUGCAAGGAAACUACUACGUGUGAUAAAUAAAGGCUUUACGCGUCAGCUGUCGUGUU